ACAUUGUGUUUGUGGAGCAAUCUCUCAAUUAAUUUGCAUUUGUUGAUAAUGCUUGUCCACAGAAACUUCAUUACCCAUGAAUCCCACAAAUGGCGCUUGGGUCCUUACGUAGAACGUCAGUACGUCACAUGAUAGGGAAUUCAACAUGGAGGACAUUGGAGUAACUGUUGAAAAAAUUCAGGACGAAGUGCCUGCCAUGCUGAACUCACGACCACCGACGGGGCUUUCUUUCCUGGCCCCAGAACCAGAAGAUCUUGAAGACCUUUACAGCAGAUAUAAGAAGCUGCAGCAGGAGCUGGAGUUUCUGGAGGUGCAGGAGGAGUACAUCAAAGAUGAACAGAAGAACCUGAAGAAGGAGUUCCUCCACGCCCAGGAGGAGGUGAAGAGGAUCCAGAGUAUCCCUCUGGUCAUCGGCCAGUUCCUGGAGGCUGUGGACCAAAACACAGCCAUCGUGGGCUCCACCACAGGCUCAAACUACUAUGUGCGUAUCCUAAGCACCAUCGACAGAGAGCUGCUGAAGCCCAAUGCGUCGGUGGCCCUGCACAAGCACAGCAAUGCCCUGGUGGACGUGCUCCCCCCAGAGGCUGACAGCAGCAUCAUGAUGCUCACAUCAGACCAAAAGCCGGAUGUGAUGUAUGCUGACAUCGGAGGGAUGGAUAUCCAGAAGCAGGAAGUGAGGGAAGCAGUGGAGCUUCCACUCACACACUUUGAGCUUUACAAACAGAUUGGCAUUGACCCGCCCAGGGGGGUUCUGAUGUAUGGGCCACCUGGCUGUGGGAAGACCAUGCUGGCCAAGGCUGUGGCUCACCACACAACAGCGGCGUUCAUCCGCGUGGUAGGCUCGGAGUUUGUGCAGAAGUACCUGGGCGAGGGCCCCCGCAUGGUGCGUGACGUUUUCCGGCUGGCCAAGGAAAACGCACCCGCCAUCAUCUUCAUCGAUGAGAUCGAUGCCAUCGCUACCAAGCGUUUUGAUGCACAGACUGGAGCUGACAGGGAGGUGCAGAGGAUUCUGCUGGAGCUUCUCAACCAAAUGGACGGCUUUGACCAGACCGUCAACGUCAAGGUGAUCAUGGCCACCAACAGGGCCGACACCCUGGACCCCGCCCUCCUGCGCCCGGGCCGUCUGGACAGAAAGAUUGAGUUCCCCCUACCUGACCGCCGGCAGAAACGCCUGGUCUUCUCCACCAUCACCAGCAAGAUGAACCUCUCUGAGGAGGUGGACCUGGAGGACUAUGUGGCCAGACCAGACAAGAUCUCCGGAGCAGACAUCAACUCUAUCUGCCAGGAGGCUGGCAUGCUGGCUGUCCGUGAAAAUAGGUACAUCGUCCUGGCCAAGGACUUUGAGAAGGCCUACAAGACUGUUAUCAAGAAGGAUGAGCAGGAGCAUGAGUUUUACAAGUAGAAAGUAACCUCACCCCCCCUUCUCCCUAACAAAAAGAAAAAGGCAUUUAGACACACAUUUUGUGAUUUGUGUGUGUUUGUAUCUACUACCGUCUCCAUUUGUGGUUUCACAGACUCUUAACAUUGACCUUGGACUGAAUUUUGCUUAAUUUACUAAAGGACCAUUGUCAACUCGGGGGCUGUGAUUCCAAACUUGAACACACACAUAGUGAAUGGAGGGUCUUCUUAUGUGCUCUGCAGGUUCAUAAGUAUGUUUUACUUGACUGUAGCUAGUAUAAUGGCCUAGAGUUUGUAACUGUAACGUACUCACUGAUAAAACAGUACUCUAAAAAAAGUUUUACAUAAAAAUGUAAAAAAAGUAUGCAUAGUCUGUCUUUAUUUUUCACACAGACUGAAAUAUAUUGGUUUAAAGUCUAGUGAUGUGACAAGACAAACACACUAACAGGCCCAGGGUCAUCUGCAGUGGUAGCCAUACAAUUGAUAGAUAAACUGACUAUUGGUCAUAGAUCCUUUACUCUCGCUUGGCGCUCCAUUCCUAGUUAGUCUAGACAGGCAGGCACCACUGAUGCGGGGUCCUCCGUAAGAAGGGACAUGGCAGCGUCUCUCUCUCCUGCUUUCCCUCUCUCUCUCUGGGUCUGCCCACGAGUCAAAGCAGUUCAGCCUCAGGUUGAAGUUCAGCCUUACACCACAAGGGGAGAAAGGCUUUGUUAGUCAAGCUCUCUGGAGAUAGACAUUUACUAUCAAGGGCAAGAUUUUGGUUUAGAUAGUAAAAGACCCCUCAUACAGUAUAUCAAAUGGAAUAGUACCCACUUGUGUCCCAAUGGGAAACUGUUGGGCAGGUGGUCAGUGACUGGGUCAAAGUAGUUGGUGUAGAGGGGCAUGGUUGCAGACUCCAGGUCCUGUGACAGCUUGGCGAAGAUUGGUCCCAGGUCAUGGUUUGGUAGCAUCCUUUGACCAGGGCAGAGACUGCACCACAUUGCUGAUACUACAGCAUCCAAGGUGGACUGGGGCUUCCAGGGAUGGAAUGGAGGACGGUGAGGUGGAAGAUUGGACAUUCUGAAGAAAGCUUUGGACAAACAAAAUGUGUCUGUGUGAUCACUAAUGGCCAUAACUAUUUAUUUGUCCACAACUGUACAGUUAGAGGAUCAAUCCAUCACCUUAAAGUGGCAUGUAGUUUGUCAGAUUAUUAGAAAUAUAUUUAGCUUAGAUAUGUUACUGAUCAUGAAAAGGCAAUUCAUUUCGGUAACUGCUUCAUUGCCUUUGUUUAACUGCUGCCAAUGGAACAGUAACUUAAUUUACAUAACUUUGAAUACUGAAGUACUGAGUGGAAAAAAUAAUCCCUUACCUUGUAAAUAAAUAAGACUUGGGUUGAAAUAUGGCAAAAAGUCAGUA